UCUGUGGAACCCCACACUCUCUGUCUCUCUCUCUUUCUGUUCAUUACAGGGCAGAAGCUUUCAAAAAACCCUUCAUUUCAAUUAUUAUUUUUAUUAUUAUAUUUAAAAGAUAUUUAAUUAUUUAUCCUGUGUGUCAGUCCUCUUUGAUGGCAGGAGCAUCCUGUAAUCACCGGCCAAAUACCACUCUUUUAUUUUGUAAACAAAAGAUUUCAUUUUUAACAACCAGCAGCAAAUAGUAACAGCAAUCAAAUCAAUUAAUGGGGUUUUUAAGCAUUUUCCUUGCUUGAAAAUUUUGCAUAUCUGUCACUAAAAUGGAAAAAACUACACCCCAUUUGCUUCCUCCUAGCUGUACUUCUUCAAUGCACCACCCUCUUUACCAUUCUCAUUGCUCACUGUCUCAUCACCACCCGCGUCUCUUUCUAUAAAGCUCUGUGCUGGGGAAAAAAGAAACCUGGGUUGUUGUUCUUUUCGAACUUGAGGAAAGUACAAAAAUGAAGAGGGGGAGAAUGCUGAGAGAGGGAGACAGAAGGAGUCCUAGGAUAUCUGCUUUGGAUUUGUGGAAGGCUCAGCCACCAAGGAGGACCACUGUUGCUAAAAAAACUAGGCUUACUAGGAGCAUCGCUAGCACUAGUACCAGCACUGCUGCCGAGGUACAAGACAAGGAGUUAGACCAGCAAAAUGAGAACCAAACUGAGGGUCCAGCCUGUACGACAAGGGCUAAGAAAAAGAGGAAGCUUAAACCUCCUCGAGAUGUGGCUUCUACUCCCAAUUCUCAACAGGAGCCCAAGUCAAGUGAUGCAUCGGAUGACAGAGAAAUAAGUUACGAAGAUCAUCCGAUCAGUAGUGAUGAACCCAUUUUACAGAAUAAAGAUAGCCCAAAACAGAAAGGACAAGCUGAUUCUCCAGAUCAACCAUCUAGUUCGCCAUGUACAUCAUGGGUGCCAGAAAAACGCAUACUUGAGCAUAUCAUUGACAUAUUACAGAGGAGAGAUACCCAUGAAAUAUUUGCAGAACCAGUUGACCCAAAUGAGGUUGAGGAGUACUAUGAAAUCAUUAAAGAGCCUAUGGAUUUCGGCACCAUGAGGGCUAAACUACAUGAGGGAAUGUAUAAAAGUCUUGAACAAUUUGAGCAUGAUGUGUUUCUAAUAUCUGGAAAUGCAAUGCACUUUAAUUCCUCUUCCACCAUUUAUUUCAGACAGGCUCGUGCCAUAGAUGAAUUAGCAAAGAAGGUUUUCCAUGUUCUUAGAACUGAUCCCGAGAAUUUUGAACUGGAAUUCUUGGGGACGAGAAGGAGAAAUGGUAGAAGGCCCCAACAUGAAGCCAAGGGUUCAAAUUAUAGCUCAUCUCCUAAGGUUGCGACGAGUUCAAAAUCGAGCAAUACAGCUGUCCAUGUAUCUCCAAAACCCACCCCAUGUUUAACAAGUUGUUCAUCUAGUCUGAAAAGGGCAAUCCGAUUGAACUCUGGAUGUUUGGGUAUUACAACUCAUUCUGAUGCAACAGACGACAGAUUAUUUUUUGGUUCUGGAGACAGUAAAAGAUCUUCUGAUGAAACAGAUAGGCGUUCUACAUAUAAACCAUGGAUGUCCUUCCUCAAUGAGAACUAUCCAAUUACUUCAUCAAUUUAUAGUAAUUCAAAGCCACUAGUGUAUGUGAAUCAGCAGGAUACUUCCUACAGCAAAAGCUUACUGUUGUUUGUUAAGGACUUAGGGCCAACUGCCCAAAUGGUUGCUAGACGCAAGUUAAAUGGAUGGUUGAACACUGCUGCCAAUUUUUCAACUCCAGGUUUAAACUUUUGGCUCCAGGCUCCAAACUGUCAAAAUUUUGCAGCAUCAGCCUCUGCUCAGUAUCCACCUACUUUUGAUGUUCCACCCUCUGCUGCCUGCCAAAAUAUAAGCCAAGGUGAAAGAAUAGACAUGUUUGAUGCCGAUAAAGGAGGCAGAGCUUAUGCUGGUAACAAAUUGAGCUUGCAUGGAACUUCAAGUGAAGUUGCGCCAAACCAUAAUUGUUACAGUAUCUUUGGCGCCAUUAAAAGUGAAGUUUCGUUUGCUAAUGAAAUGGAUGUUGCCAAUGUCUCAAAGAAUGAAAAGCCUCACCAAAGCCAAAACAGAGGCCUUCAACAAGGUUCACAUUCAUAUGUCACUGAUGCUAGAGAUCUGAAUCUUUUAACUGCUGAUUUAAGUAUAAAUGAUGACGAUUCAGCAAUGUGGAAAGUGGGGAAAAGCAUGGAUAACAAACCACAAUCAUUGGAUUUAGGUUUCAAGGACUCUGAGUCAAAUGCUUUGGAAAGCAGGUUGAGUGAAAGUAACAGUUUUUCACCAUCUUCAUGGCCAUUAAAAACCACAGGCAUGUCAAGUUUUAAUCGAAAUAUGGGCAAUACACGUAGUGGCAGUACACGUAUUCUAAGUACUCAAUGUCGAGGUGGUGAUCAAGCCUUUUCUACUCAAGGUCCAAGCCAUGGACUUGGUGGUUCAUCUGAGAGAAUUCCUGCCUUGAAACCAAGCGAACAACCUACACCUGUUUCCGGUCAUUUCAUCUUUGAUCUGCCAUUUUUAAAGACACGGCUUGACCAGAUAAAUUCUCUGGGGCAGAAUAGAUUUUCACAGCAUGGUUCGGGUAUGCAGGGACCUUUUCCAAACAGAACAGGCGAGACUUACAAUGAUAGCCGACCACAUUCCUCUUUGAAUACUCAGCAUGCUAACUUGGCUCUUCAGCUGUAACAUAAUGUAAUUUAACAUGAAGAACUCACUGGUAGGAUACAUGUUUUACAACAUGUACAUAAAUUGCUAAUGCAUUGCAUCAAAGAAAAAGCCUUUCGUUGUAAAAGCAGUCAAUGAUUGCAGCCUCCCAGGAAUUGUUCUGUAAUUAACUAUGAUUAAACAAUUUUUUUUGAGAAAGAUAUUAUGCCAAUCCCAUCAUUUAUCAA